GUGGAAAGUACUUCUUCUCCCUGAUAGUAGUAGCAUACAAUGGGCAACAAGGUGGUCACUUUUUCCGACAAGCAGCUGGAGGACUAUCAGGACUGCACAUUUUUCACGCGCAAGGAAAUCCUGCGAGUUCACAAACGAUUCCGGGAAACCUGUCCGGAGCUUGUGCCCGAUGUGAUGACCGAGGGGCAAGCUUCGACCAUUCAGGUGCCACGGGAGAACAUCGAGAAGCUUCCGGAAAUGGUGGAAAACCCAUUCAAAACUAGAAUGUGCGAAGCGUUUUCCCGAGAUGGGGACGGAAAUCUGACGUUCGAGGAUUUCUUGGAUUUACUGUCGGUAUUCAGUGAACAGGCUCCCCGGGAUAUAAAAGUGUUCUACGCGUUCAAGAUUUAUGAUUACGACAAGGACGGUUUUAUCGGCCAGUCCGACCUGCUAAACGUGAUCACUGCACUAACCAGAAACGACCUAACGGUGGAGGAGCACCAGCAAAUCGCCGAGAAAGUGAUCGAAGAGGCGGAUGUCGAUGGUGACGGGAAGCUGUCCUAUUUGGAGUUCGAACACGUGAUUACCCGAGCGCCUGAUUUUAUUUCCACCUUUCAUAUUCGAAUUUAAAAUGAUGUUACUGCCGCUGCUGCCGUGGUGGUAACUAGUUCGAAUGUGUUAUAUCCGAUUGACGACGACGGAGACCCUCUAUCGUCGAAUAGUGAGAAUCAGUAAUGGCAAGCAAAAGGGUGUGUGAAGUGGAUGUAUACAAUGUUUACCAACAGUAUAAUAACUGUUAUAUGGGAGCCUGUGGCGCCAUCUCUGAUAACAUUAGGAAGUUUGGUUUGGUAUUUGAAUUUGUUCAAAUUCAU